GAAUAACACAUUUUUUCCCAAUAUUUAAACAAGAUAAGAUAAAUUUGGCUAUAGUGUUAGGUAUAGAAUCAUUUAGAAACACGAAAGCUAUCUAUCGUACUAAACUUGAUGCACAUUGUGUUAAGUAUAAAGAAGUGAAUUUUAUGAUAAGGAUGAGAAACAUUUUACAAUUUAUCCUUUUUUGGGGUUUCGUCACGUUAACGACAGCGGAAUUAGACAAAAAUAAAUUUCCUCUCUGUAAACUAUGCAAGUGCAAUUUCAACGCCAAUGACACGGCAGCGGAUGUAAUGUGCAAAGAACUUCUGCCAUAUGACCACAUUUUUCAGGACUAUUUUUGGAAACUGAACAAUACCAACGAGAGUAUUGCGUAUAAUUCAUUGGUCAUAAACAACAACAAUUUUAAUAAUUUGACCGAAUUGUUUCCCAAAUCGAAUUUAACGUUGUUGAAUUUAGCUGAAAAUAAUAUUGUCAUUAUUAAGGAUAGUGUCUUCAGGAAUUUACAAAACAUGGUGGUGCUGAUCUUGAGUCAUAAUGAUUUGGAGACCAUCCAUCCAGAUACCUUUAAAGGUCUUUAUUUAGAAGAAAGGCUAUUACCAUUGAGAAGCUUAAGAGAGCUUAGAUUAGAUCACAAUAAACUCCACACUCUUCACCAAGACACUUUCGAACACACAACAGACAUAGAAAUAUUGGAUUUAAGUUACAACGAUUUCGACAUAAUUGAUCAUCCGACGCUGUUUGCUAUUUGCAGUUUGGCCUCUUUAAAGGAAUUAUAUCUGCAAUAUACGGGCCUAAAGACUUUACCGGAUAAUAUGUUGCACACGCUAAGGAAACUCCAAGUUUUAGAUUUAUCAGGAAAUAUGGAAAUCAGCAAAAUGCCAACCACUUUAGAACAAGCCAUAAACUUGCAGAAAUUGUAUCUAAACAACACCGGCUUCGUUAAUUUAACUCGCGAAAACGGAUUUCCCGAUUUGCCUUCGCUGAAAGUCCUCCAUUUGUGCCGCAACGAACACUUGCACCACAUCGACAAAUACGCGCUGAGCGGCCUCACCAAUUUGUCCGAUCUUCGGAUAUGCGACAACAUCGACUUGAGCUCCAUCCACGAAUUAGCCUUGCCGAAGCCUUCGAACGUGAGCGGCGGAGCCGUCUGGCCGCCCAUCAAAAAGCUCUACAUUGGCAACAACAAAUUGGCUUAUUUGGAGAGCGAGUUGGUAGCUAGAUGGGAUAGCUUAUCGGAAUUGGACAUCAGGGAGAACCCGUUGACUUGCGAGUGCGAGAAUCAGUGGUUGGUCGAAGAUUUGAUGCCCAUAUAUUUGAAAAUUAACGAAGAAAUGGCUAAGGAAGUGAGGUGUGCUGCCCCGAUAGAAAUGAAAGCGUACACUUUAUAUGAUAUUUACAUGAAGAAGAGUCAUAUGAGAUGUCUCGAUGUAUAUGGGAACAGGCCUGAAAAAGACGGAGUCAUGUUGGUGGCAGUACUAGCAGGUAAGAAUAGAUUUAGUGAGGAGAAAAUUGACGAGGAUUAUUAUGACAGAGCCUGUGAUACGAAUGGAGAAUGUUCAUUAUCCAUUGGACGGGCUUCAGGCAUAUUGAUAGUUAUUCCGUUAAUUUUGAUGGUUAUGUACGCUUAUCAAAGAAAGUGGUUCAGCGUCUUGGGCUUUUGCGACCGAUCUCCGGCUUCUUAUUCAAGAAGAUUCUACAAUUCGACGCGUAAUGAUGACUUCUGAUGAUAUCAGUUUUGUGUAAAAUUUACAGACUCGAUUCAUUUAAACUAAUCGUUAUCGCAUUGUAAACGAAAGAUAGCGAAAGAUAAUAUAGUUAUUGCAUUUAAUGUAAUUUAUAAAAUAAGUUUUUUUUGUAUAAUUAUAACUUUGUAAAAAAUUAAUCAAAAAUAAAAACAAAA